AUGUCCCAAACAGAAGUGAAUUCAACUGAAAAGGUUCCACAGGUGUCGGUUGUGGAAUCAGAUGUCUCGACCAUCGAUUAUGAAAGCAUAGUGCCUUGUGACCCUAUUGCCGAAAAGAAGCUUGUUCAUAAGUUUGACUGGCGUCUCAUGCCACUCUUCUGUGCUGCCUACUUCUUCUCGGCGUUGGACAGGUCUAACGUGGGAAAUGCAAAGGUGGCAGGAAUGACUACCGACAUCGGAAUCACUGCCCAGCAGUACUCGAACGCCAACUCUUUGGUGUAUGCUUCAUACUUGCCAACAAUGCUUCCCGGCUUGUGGUUGUUUAGAACGUUCAAGAAACCUCGCUACUUCAUUGGAGGUAUGGUGAUGGCGUGGUCCAUCGUGUCGUUGUGCCACAUGUUCGCCAACAACUAUGGUGACUUUGUUGCACUCAGAAUACUUCUCGGUUUUUUUGAAGGUCCCUACUUUAGUUGCAUGUCAUUUAUUUGCACUGAUUACUACUUUCCUCAUGAGUUUGCUAGAAGAACUAGUUUUUUCUUCGUUGGCUCGGCCCUUUCGGGUGCAUUUGGAGGACUCAUUGCAACCGGAAUUACCAAGAUUCAUUCAGGGUCUCUUGCUUCGUGGCGCUACUUGUUCUUGAUCGAGGGAUUGUUGUCCUUUGUCGUUGGAGUCUUGGUUUUCGUUUUCUUGCCUGACUCUCCCAAUAAAUUGAUAGACACCGAGGAGGAGAGAGCAGUCUUCGAAAACAGAACCUUGCGCAGAAAACACAUCGAGGGUGAUCAUGGCUUCAACUUGAAGGAAUUUAUUUCUGUUUUCGACUUCAAAACUGCAUGUUCCGUUCUUAUUCAAUUCUGCCAAGAUAUUAGCUUGUAUGGAUUCUCGGUGUUCUUGCCUUCCAUUUUGCAUACUCACCUUGGGUACGAUACUUUGAAGUCGCAGUACUUGACAGUUCCAGUGUAUAUUUUUGCUGCCCUUUGCAGUAUGGGUAUAGCCGAGAUUUCUGACCGUUUCCGCAUGCGUGGUCCCUUGAUCAUUAUUACCAACUUUUUUGCUAUUGCUGCCUAUGCUAUGCUUGGGACUGUGAAGAAUGCCGGAGUUCUUUAUUUUGCCCUUUAUCUCAUUUGUGUGCCAUUGUACAUGGGACCUGGUCUUAAUGAGUCUUGGAUUGCUAACAAUACCGCUCCAACAUUCAAGCGAGGAUGUGCUAUAGGUAUGAACCAGACUUUGGGGAACAUUGCUGGUGCUAUCGCUCCCCAAGUUUUUAAUGGCCCACCAGAUUAUACCUUGGGAACUGAUUUUACCUUGGGAUGUUUGUGUGUUUCUUCGGCUACUGCUGGACUUUUGUCGUUGUAUUAUCUUCGUAGGAACAAGAUUAACCAGCGCAUUGUGGAUUCUGGCACUGACGACAGAAAAAAGUCCAGAACUAUUGGUGAUGACUCUCCGGAGUUUAAAUUUAUGAUCUAG